UAAUGUAUUAAAAAAAGAGUAAAAGUAUUUACUUAUUUGGAUAAAUAUGUAUAGGAAUAUUAGGAAUAAAGAUAUUUAACCUCUAACAUGCGCAUAAAAUAUUUGGAGAAUUUUUAUGGAUGUUGUCAACUUCGCACAGCAGUUAUGUUUAUUGCAAUGGUAGAUUCGUUAUUUGGAACAUAUGAAGUUUUGGAUUUCAGUAUACGCAUUUUAUUGUCUGCCUCUCAUAGUAUUUCUCAUACUAACAUUAGUAAUACAACUAUAUACCCUGAAUCUGGAACAAAUAAUCGAAACUCCACUAUGUUAAUUAAAGCUUUACCAAAGUUUUAUUUUGCUGGCAUUGUUGUUGGCUGCUUAGAUGUUUUUAUUUCAUUUUUCCUGUUAUAUGUUGCAGCACGAAGGAAAUAUAAGCUUCAUAUUGUUGUUUUUAUUGCUGCUGUCUGGUGCACUGCAAUGGGUUUCUUAAGUUUAAUUUCAUUUGCAUUAUCAGUUACUGGGCAAGUUUAUAUGGAUAUUGCCAUUUUUUUGAUUACUGCUGUUGUAGAAUUUUAUUUUGCAUAUGUUAUUUUUUCUUAUCACAAGUUGAUAUGUAUGGUUCUUGAAAGGGGUCUUCAUGACACAAAUAUGACAUAUUUUCCAGAAGACCAUUUAAAUUUUACAACUGAUCAAACAAAUAAACCUGUUGACGAGCAACCAAUAAUGGAUGACCAAGAUGAUUUGCAAAUGGAAGAUACUGGUAGAGCUAUUGCAUCAUAAUUUUUUAUUUAUUUUUAGUGCUUAUCUAACUUUGUUUUUGUCAUAUUUUUGUUUAUUUCAAUAACAUUCUAUGUCAUUGUUUAAAACAAAUGUUUGUGAUAUAAGUAUGCAAUAUAAAUUAGGCCACAGUAUUGUUAAUGUAAUUUGAUAUUCGUUUAAAAAUCUUUAAUUUGUUUUAAGUUAUAUUAGAGCAAAAAAUAA